AUGAGAUGGGUUUCAAUGCGGCCUGACAACUGUGCUGGAGAAACUCCUGGAGGAGGCAAGAGAAGGGCGGCAGCCCUUGACUCCAGAGCACACUCCCUACCACACGCCCCCGCGCUCUUGCCAUUCCUGGGGGACCUAGAGCACAGGGCAAGGCAGAGGAGGAGCGGGAGGUUGAGCCGUGAAAGCAGUGUGACAGGCACAAGCCUUGGGGGGGAUCCGGAUUUCGCUGAUGCUGAUGGUUACGGGUUUGCUGAUGGUUAUGCAGAUGCAAUGGUGGAUGAAUGGCUGACGGCAGCACAGCCAAGUGAACUCAGAUUCCUCGAGCUCAGGGCCUUGGAGACGUUAAGCUGGCUGGUGCCAGCAUUCCUCGCCACAUCGCUGCUCACGGCCUUCCUCCUGCUGCUGCUCAUCGUCAGCAUCUCCGCCCCCGCCAAGGCAAAUCUGCAGGCCAACAGCAUCAACAGCGUCUUCUUCUGUGCAUUCCAUGCAAUGUCGACGUUUUCCAACACAGGGGCAGCACUGCUGAACGAUAACCUAAUGGGGUUCGUGAGGGCCCCAGCCCUGAUCAUCGUCACGUCCGUGUUCAUUCUCAUUGGCAACACCAUGUACCCGCCCACGCUUCGAGCCCUUCUGCUUCUGCUACGGCGCUUCUCACGAGGAGAGAAAAGGUUCGUCUACUCCUACCUUCUCGUGCACCCACGCAAGUGCUACACGCACCUCUUCCCACCGCGCUCCACCGUGAUGCUCGUGCUAACAGUUCUUGCCUUCAAUCUCACGGAGUUUGUCUUCUUCUGUGCCAAUGACUGGACCUCGCCUGCUCUUGACGGCUUCGCCACUCACUUGUCUUCCCUCAACAAUCAAUGCAUGGAGGGGGGGAGUGUUGGAUUAUGGGGUGUUCACCCGGGGCAGGGGGCUGCUUCUGCGGGAUUUGAUGUUGCUCUUCAUAGCACUGCUGGUGAUCUGCCUCAUAGAGAGUUAUGUGACGCUUCAAAUGCAGCUCACUUGUCUUCCCUCAACAAUCCAUGCAUGCAGGGGGGAGUGUUGGAUCACGGGGUGUUCACCCAGGGCAGAGGGCUGCUCCUGCGAGAUUCAGCGUUGCUCUUCAUAGCACUGCUGGUGAUCUGCCUCAUAGAGAGCGCCAACAUAACCAGCGACAUCUCCAACUUCAACAUUUUCAACAUCGCCUUUGAGCUCAUCAGUGGAUAUGGCAACGUUGGCCUCUCCUUGGGCUACACCUGUCCGCCUGAAGCUGGUCCCGACUGUGUCUCUCCUCCGUAUAGCUUCUCUGGCGUGUGGAGUCCUUGGUCAAAGCUGGUACUCGUGCUGGUGAUGCUGCUGGGGCGCCACAGGGGCCUGCCUGACAACAUUGAUGCUGCCAUCUCCCUCCCCAACCGCAACCAGGGCCUGCCUGACAACAUUGAUGCUGCCAUCUCCCUCCCCAACCGCAACCAGUUCAUUCCUGCACCACCUGCACCGACUGCCCCACCUGCUGCAUCAGCGUCAUCUGCUCUGCAGCCCCUGUUGCACCUUCUGUAUCUGCUGCCGCUGCUGCCUUGCCGCACCUUCCAUGCCUUCCACGUGUGCACCAAGGUGACUAUUGAGUCGACUCACAAACUGUAUCUGCCACCUCCUUCCCGAACUGCACCCAGUUCCUCUCUCUAA